AAGCAUGAGGGUUGUGCCUCAAGCAUGCCCAGAUACAGCACUACCCUUGUUCCACUCCAAUCUGACAUGGGUCUGGUGAAAGUGGGACACUGGUUGGGAGGCUGGUUUCAUUCUGGUGUUGCUUAGGUCAAUGAACAGAAUAAUUUUUCACAAACUAGCCCACAUGUCUCUACUGGGGAUUGACUCCUAUCCAGUUUCAAAUUGAUCUGUGCACACGUGCAGACCCUGAGAGUGAUAUGAGUGGUCUGUCUGGGUGCUUGGGUCUCUUGUUAGUGUCCCGGGAAGACAGGUCCCUUUCUUUCCCUUUUGCUCCUCAGCAACAGUUACAUACUGGUCCCCAGUAUAACCGAGCCCUGCAAACUAACACCUGAUCCCUCCACCCUUGUUUCUGCACCUAUUGCUCUACCAGCAGGAAGUAGGACGUGGUUUGGGGCUUUUUAUUCUCGGCCUCACUAGCCUUUUCGAUACUUCAGGGCCUCGUCUCAGUCUGACAAGGCAAGCAAGCGGCAGCUUCCUGUGCAAAGGUGAGAGGGAGAAGACAGAGAGAUCGAGCACGUACAAGAGAAACAGCUCCACAGCCUUUUGCUCUUGCAGAACUAUUUGGCUGGAGGCCCCUUUUCUCUCAUGCCAGCAGCGCUGGCAGACAGGUGGACAUGCACUGAGUGAGGAUCCUCCCCCUGCCCCUCUCCCUUCCCCAAGUUUCCCUCACAGUUUGACAGCCAGCGCCUGCUUUCAUCCAACCCAGCGACCGAGUCCCAAGGGACUCCCUUCAUCUGGACCGCCUGGCAGCCAGUGUCUGGAGCUGGAAGAUGAAGCCCUCUUUGCUGCUGCUGUGCCACCUCUGGCUGUUCAGCCUCAUACCUGUCUCACCGGCGUCAGACUCUACACAAGGCAGCUCCAAUCUAACUUGUUGGUAUGACUCACGGGCGGCUCUGUUCUGCACUUGGAACCCAGACAGGGAUCUUGCUGAAACACCGUGUCAACUGGAGUUUUUAUCAAAGUUAGGUUUAUGUGACAGGUCAUUUUUCCCACUUGAAAAUUUCAAGGAGCACUGUGAAUUACCCAAGGCAGAACACAUAACAGGGCUUAGGACAUGCAUCAAGACCUUCAGCAAAAACAUUAAUACUCAAUGCUUCACCACUUCAGACCGUCUAACCAUAGCUGUACACUGCCAAGUUGGAGAAAAGAGAACUACACUUGAGCAAAAGAAGAAUUUCAGUCCACUUGCAAAUAUCAAGCUGAGGCCUCCGGAAAAUCUUCAACUGAUUAGGAACACUGAAGACACCUACAACUUAACAUGGACCCUGAAUAUUUCCUCUCACUACUUAGAUGGUGAGCGGGAAUAUCAAGUGCGGUUCCGAACCACGAGUCAGCCCUGGGAGGAGGCCAGGAUCGUCACCAUUGUGCAGGACCAGAUGUGGGUAGUGUUCGAGAGCCUGUCCCCCAACCUGAAAUAUGAGGCAGCUGUCCGCGCAAAGCCAGGCGCCUCAAGUACCUGCAAAGGCGUGUGGAGUAACUGGAGUGAGACAAUAUUGUGGAGGACGCAUGGUAACAAAAUAUUCUUCCCGGUCCUACCAGCUCUUAUUGCAAGUACUUGUAUCUUUGUGAUCAUCGGGACUGCCUUCCUUGUUAACUUGCGGACCCUAAAAUGGUUUAAGAAGAUGCUGAAGGUUCACAUCCCAGAUCCCAAAAAGUUCUUUCCCCCGCUCAUCUCAGUUCACGGAGGUGAUGUUCAGAAAUGGCUUUCCUCCCCGUUCUCCACAUCUUCCUACUGUGUGAGCAGCACAAUCCCAGAGAUCUCCAUGCUUGAGGUGAUGCAGAAGAAUGAUCAGGAAUCCCAGUUUCUCCUUUCGAAGGGCAUGCUGUCCUCUGAACCUCCCUUAGAAACCAGUGGGCACUCUCUGUCCAGCUGCUUCACCAACCAAGGCUACUUCUUCUUUCAUCUUCCCAACUCCUUUGAGAUUGAGCCCUGUCAAGUUUACUUCACCUAUGAGCCUUUCUCCCAGGAGAACAGUGGCAGUGAGGAUGGUGAGUCUUACCACGCUCUGCCUUCCCCUGACCUCUGCACGCUGGCAGAGGAUGUGCCUGUGUUGUCCCACAGCUUCCUCCAGUGCAUCAAGGGGACCCAGGGCUUCCAAAAUGGUUCCUUUGUGGAAGAGACAGAGGGUGAAGUCCAGCAGGCCAUGGCUAUUUCUGGGGCUCUCCUGCCAACUGAAAGCACCUCGCCAACACCAUCUCUGAAGCAAGAUGAGGAAGUUACAGACAAAGCAACUUUACAGCCAUCUAAGACCCUAUGCCAGCUGGACACAGUCUUUCCUGACCCACCAGACCUGCAUGACAGCAAUACUAGUAAGGCCACAGAGGGGAGUAGGAAUGCAAGUCCUUCACUUGAUCCCAGCAAUCCAGUGGCAUAUGUUAGCUCUUCUUUUUCUCAGCCUUCACCUCUGAGGCAAACUCAAGGUGAGGAUCCCUGCAGAACAGCCUUCUCCAGCCAAGUCCCAAACACUGGUGCCUACCUUUCUCUGAGGGACCUCCAAGGUCAAUACAACCAUCGCUCUGUCUAGGACCUGCCUGGGAGAAACCCACAGAUGGGAAAGGCCUUCCCUGGAGGGAGGGCCAGAUGGAGAACUUGUCUAUUAAGAUCAUGAAUGUGGCCUUUAAAGGGGGUGGAGGACAGGGUUACUCUAGAGGGGUGCAAAACCAGGAAAGGGAUAGGCUGGAAGAGGUGUAAAUUCAUGGAUGGAUACAUUGGUAGCACUCGUCCCCAAGAUAAAGCGACGGUAAGCAGACCACUGGAAAUGAGAAGACCUUUUGCAUAAAGAAUUUGGCUAAUGUAUAGAUAAAAUUGCACACAGAAAGUGAUAAAGGGGCAUUAAAACUGUUUAGUGGCUAUGCAGUUAAUGGAGACACAGAAACUGGAUUCUUAGGAAUAUAGGACAGCAAAGACUCACUUCCACGACUGAGCCUGUUUCUCUGCUACAACUAGAACCAGUGGCAUAGAAAUCCCUUCCUACACUGUUCAAGUGUCACCCUAAAACUCACCAGAUCUUUUUUUCCUACCAGCUCCUGAAGGGAUGCUGUGCCAGCACUUCCAUGCUCUGCAUCUGGGUGUGAAAAUGGCAGCUAGCUUUCAGAUUGAGCUGCCACAUGUUCCAUUUCCCUUGUCCCAGCUUACAGGGCACACAGACCUCUAAUGGGGAGGAGAAAUGCCUAAGGACGUGGAUGUGAGUUUUUUGUACAAGGAAUGGUGGCACUGUCAGUGAGCGCUGGGGCUGAUGACAAAAUGAAUAAGGACAACUCCUAACUAAUCCAGGAUUGUUUUGUUCCCUGUGGUCUUCCCACUUCAGGUUACUCAGGGAUUACAUUCUGAGCCACUUGGUCCAGCUUUAGACUCAGAUCUUUAAGGUCGGUUCAGAGUCAAAACUGUGUCAGCUCUCUAAGCAGUGCAGUGUCAAAAGAAAUUCCCAUUAUUGGGUUAAAAAUACUGGGGAAAUCCCCUGCCCCCCCACCAAGUCUGAUGAUGGCAGUAGAAAGAACACACACAAUUUCCCAUUCUUGCUGCAAUAUUUUUCAUGAAAUCGAAAGCCUUCUGCCCUGCAGGCAAAAUACAGUUCUUUGACUAUGAUAACCUGAUUGCAGAAUAGCCCAUCCCACAUCCUGUAUUAGUGGAAAACAUUGCAAUGGUGCUGCCCAUUCCUUCCAUUGCUCAAGGGAAAACAUUGCCUAAUUAGCAGCAAAGACGUAGCAAAUGAGCCCAGAAAAGUAACUCACAAAUCAGUACCUUUGCCGAAAAGAAAACUUCAAUCCACUCACAAAACAAUGGGGAUAGCAAUGACUACCUUUCUUUUUUUACUUUUUCCUCUAUGCUUGCUGAUCUGCCGAGAGAAACAGCAAAACACCACAGAAUAAAGGUGGUGAGGCAAAGGAUGACACUCUGUUCUGGUUCCAUCUGUCCUUCCAUUCACCAUCUUUACUGCUUGUUUGUUUCUGUGUGGUAUUUCUUGGCUAUUCAGAAGUGGGGGAAAAGCCAAUCUUGUGCUAAGAUCUUUGUUCUAAGAGUUUUCAGAUCAAAAAAGUACAAAGGUAUCAAAUUUGUUGGUAUUUCUGUCAUCCCUCUGAGUUUCACCCAGAAAUGAUUCUUCUCAACCUCUGUCUAUACAAGUUUUACGCUUCCCCUUAGUCUCAGUCCCAAACUGUUACAUGAUCUUGCAUUAAUGCAGUCUAAUUGUCAUUAGGAAUCCCAGAUAAGGGGUUGCCCACUGGCUCAGAUUUCACCUCAGAAGAGACUGCUCAAAGAAGCUGGGCCUGCCUGCAGCUGAGAGGGCUGGGGGAGCUAUACCCCUCUUCUCAUCAGCUCCAGCACCUGCCUCAAGAUGUGGACUGCUCUAUCAUCUCCAGGAGGCAGCAGGUGAUGCAGACCUCACAGUUUCCCAAAUAAGCAAGGGCAAGCUAUUUCCUGUGCCUUGGAAAGCUUCCCCGAUGUACUUCAAAAAGAGACACUGAAUCCCUCGCCCUGAUGGGAAAAUUGCUAUCUUACAUGGGCCGAUGAUCCUAGUUAUGCUGGUGGUUCUCCUGUUCCUAUGUAGAUCUUCAUAAGCUUCUCAAUUAUUCUUGCUACUAAGAUGAAUAUAGAAAAAAAACUCCAUACUUUGCCUCUGUUAA